UUGUCCCCAAUUUUUUUUCCCAACUUGUUGCAUCUCUCCCUCCGUCCCUCCCUCCUCUCGUGGAGCUCUGCAAGGGAAGCAUGGCAUGAGGGUUAUACUGAUGGCUAUGAGAUCAUUCACUCCCAUGGAAGUUUCCUAUUAAAGAUUCUUGCUUUUGGGUUCAUCAAGAUCUGUUCAUGCCUUCAACCGGCAGCUCACCCACAUCAAAUAGUUUUGAUUAUUUCCUCCCUCUCCGGUUUUAGAGGUCAGAUGGACACAAAAUCUGUUAGAUGUCUGAUAAACAGCAUUUCCCGAUUCAUUCAUUUAGUUUCGUGCCAGAUUCUGAAACCGAUUCCUAGUCAGAAGGAUUACAGAAUAAUAGUCAGUUCAUUGAAGCUAUUGAAACCGGUGCUUGAUGAAGUUGCAGAUUACAGAAUAUCUUCGGAGGAAAUCCUAUUUAAGGAGUAUGAAGAACUUGAUGUGGCUAUUAAUGAGGCAAGGGAGUUUGUGGAGAGCUGGUGUCCAAAGAUGAGCAAGAUUAGCUGUAUUCUGCAGAGUGAACCACUGGUGAUGAAAGUUCAAAGCUCUUCACUCAAGAUUUGUCAUAAAUUAGAAGAAUUGUUACAAUCAUCUGCACGUAGUUCUAUUUUAUCUGGUGUCCAUCUCUGUAUGCAAGAACUUCAGUAUGUGGAGCAGGAAAGAAUAUCAAUAAGCAUAGAGGAGGCGCUAAGAAUUCAAAGAGAUGGUAAUAUUCCAUCCAGUGAUCAUCUUUUAAAAAUUGCUGAAUCACUUGGUCUGACUUUGAGCCAUGAACUGCUGAAAGAAAGUGUGGCCUUGGAAAACAAGAGAAUGAAGGCACAACUCAGCAAAACAAAAGGGGAAUUAGACCACAUCAGCCAAAUCAUGGAUCUUUUUUCCCAUAUUCGUAGCUGUGUGGUUAAACUUGAUUGCUUUAAAAUGAUAAAUGGAGUCUCAAUUCCUUCGUACUUUCGUUGCCCUUUGUCAUUGGAACUCAUGGUGGAUCCUGUGAUUGUGGCUUCGGGUCAAACGUAUGAGCGGGCUUCCAUCCAAAAGUGGCUUGAUCAUGAGCUGAUUAUUUGUCCACAAACUCGCCUAAGGCUCGCGCACACAAAUAUUAUUCCUAAUUACACCGUCAAAGCUCUGAUAGCAAACUGGUGUGAGGAAAACAAUGUAAGGCUUUCCCGUACCCCUGAGUGCACUAAUAUUAUCUCAGUCCCUCCUUUGAAUAAUGAAUCUCGUCAGGAUUUCAUCCAUACAGAUAGUUUCCAUUGUUCUUUACACAGCAAUUGCACAUCAAGAUCUUCUGUAGAAGUUGGUAAUGAGCUUGAGAAACAAAAGGUUGAUACUUCUUCCAGAUUGAAUGAGGAAUUAUCCAAGGCAUGCAAGAGAAGGGACAAUGAAAGGUCUGAAUCCCCAUCCCCUGAGCAGUCAUACAUUCACAGCAGGAGUGAAUCAGUUGCAAGUGCUAUUUCCAGUGUUGACUAUAUGCCCACUGGCUCAACAGAGGCAUCUGGGAUAUCUGAUAAGAAUGAAAAUGUGAGCGAGUAUUCAGGAGAAAUCACAUCUGAACGUCCUACUUCUUCUCCUACUAAAGAUUUGGGGUUUUCGCCCUGGCCAUCAGGAAAUCAGAGUCCCAAAGUGAGAACUGAAAUGCCUAGCAAUGGAAGUCACAGCCACAGCAGAACACUUUCCCAUCCGUUUUCUGACUCAGGAUCAGAUGAUUUAACCACAGCUUCUCAUGUUGAGAAAAUGGUUGAAGACUUAAAGAGCCAGUCAAUUGAAGUGCAAACAAGGGCUGCAGCAGAAUUACGUUUUCUUGCAAAGCACAACAUGGAGAAUCGCCUUAUUAUAGGUCGAUGUGGAGCCAUCUCACUACUACUUGCAUUGUUGUACUCAGAGGUGCAGCAAACCCAAGAGCACGCAGUCACAGCUUUAUUGAACCUAUCGAUUAAUGAAGACAACAAGGCCAUGAUAGCAGAAGCAGGAGCCAUAGCACCUCUCAUCCAUGUCUUGAAAUCAGGAAAUGCUGGAGCCAAAGAGAACUCUGCAGCAGCUCUGUUCAGCCUUUCAGUAUUGGAAGAAUAUAAGGCAAAGAUUGGUCGUUCUGGUGCAGUUAAAGCCUUGGUAGAUCUAUUAGGUUCAGGGACUCUCAGAGGGAAAAAAGAUGCUGCCACUGCACUAUUCAACCUUUCAAUUUUUCAUGAAAAUAAGGCUCGAAUAGUUCAAGCAGGAGCUGUGAAGCAUCUUGUAGAGCUGAUGGACCCUACAACUGGAAUGGUCGACAAAGCUGUUGCUCUUCUAGCAAACUUGUCAACGAUUUCAGAAGGAAGGGUGGCAAUUGUGCGGGAAGGGGGCAUUCCAUUGUUAGUUGAGGUUGUUGAAACAGGUACUCAGAGGGGAAAGGAAAAUGCUGCCUCAGUACUGCUGCAACUGUGCAUUAAUAGCGCCAAGUAUUGUACCCUGGUUCUCCAAGAAGGAGCUGUCCCACCCCUCGUCGCAUUAUCUCAGUCUGGCACGCCCAGAGCAAAGGAGAAGGUGUGUAGACUACCCUCCUCUCUCUCUCUCUCUGUCUCACUCACACACACACACACACACACACACACACACACAGAUAGUUAAACUCCCGUCAUGGCAUGGAGGCUGGUGCUGUUAUUUCACCAGGUGCAGAGAAAGAAGGGAAUUAAAUUGCAAACGCUUUCGCUUCUCUGGUUUUCAAGUCUACUCCCAUCUCAAUGUUUUGAUGCUGUUAUUCCUUAUUCCAAGGAUUAUACCCUUAGCUUGAGUUUGUGUUACAAAAUGUCUAUUCAUAUGAAUAGAGUGGUUACAAGGAAUAAAUAAGAAAUAACUAUUCUAAAAUUUCACCAGCAAUGUCCUUCCUUUCCUAUUUCAUGUUGGAUGAAAUAACAAGAAAUAGACAAGGAAUAUCUAUUAACAUGGGAGAAAGUUUAUUCUCGAAUUUCUCAUUGCAUUCCAUGUUAUUCCUAAGAGAAGCUAUUUUGCAAACCAGGCUAUGUUUAGUCUAUAGAAUGUCCAUUCCUAGGGAUAGAAUGGUUAUAAUAAAAGAAUUUGAUAGUUCAUCAAAAUAAUUGUUGGCACUAUAAAGCAAAUAUCAACGCAAAAAUUUGUGUGAAUCCAUAACUAAACAAGAAAUGACUAUUUUCAAGUUUCACCAAAAUGUCUAUUCCUUUGUCUUUGUUGGAUAGAAUGACUGACUUCUUUUCAUAUUACUAUAUCUGUAUACAUUUUCAUUAUAUUCUUAUAUCUUACACAAUUCUUAUUGCAUUUUCAUUGUAUUCCAUCAUAUUCUAAGAGAUAGCUGUUCCACGAAACUUGGCAUUUACAUUAUUAGAUAUUGUUUUCCCCAAUAGAAAGCACGGGAUAAUUAAAUUAUUGUUGGUUUUUUUUUUUUUUUUUUACCCAGGCACAACAGCUUCUUAGUCACUUUCGAAGCCAGAGAGAAGGGGCUAAUGGGAAGAAAAAAUAAUGAUUUUUUUCCUCUCUUUUUCUUUUGGUUUAUUGCUGUCUUUUGGGUAGUGCUCUAUGUUGGUUGCUUUUCGACACAGAGAUGUCCUCUUUGGUGGUGGUUCCUUCUAAAUAUUCUUUAAUUUUCAACCUUAUUCUCUUGCUCCUGUUGUCUUCAAGUUGUUAAGAGUGCCAAAUGGAAGCAGGCUGCUGCUGUUCUGGUGUAGUUUCUUCUUCUCCAUUUGUUUUGAUAUGGUCUAUUGCAGGUGUGUUUGUAUAUAGUGUAGGACACUUGUAAUCUGCUGUACAAUCAUGGACUGGGAGCAUGGAUGGAUUGAUGGAUGUACAUGUUCUUUGAUGCACAAAAGGUGCCCUUUCUUUGGCAUGGGCAGCCCGUGGGUUCUUAUUAAUGUACUAAAUGCCCGUUGUGUUUGAAGGACUUUGCUGCUUGCAAGGCCUACUCACCUCUGUUUGGAGGUCUUGAAUCUAUACAGAGGUUCCAAAAUUUAUUGAAAA